AUGGGCAAAUUUCGCUCCAAGUUUUGUUGCAGCAGAACAGAUGCUAGCGAUGAUGAGGCCAAACCCGCACGCCCUGUCGAAGUUCCCCAAACAGGGGCUCUGAGUGGGGUAGCAAGUGUCACCUCCACCCCUUCGAGCGCAGUCGAGGACAAGCCCGACAAACGCGACCUUUGGAAAGAAGCCUUUGAAAAGCUUGAUGCGAAACAUCAGACCUACCUAUGCGUCGAUGGAGCGUCGUCUCUCGAUGCCACCAACGAAGUCAUCAGUACAACUCGUGAAUCAUACACCAAUUGGAAGAAGAGUGGUCUCAAAUUCCACCGCGCAAAUGGUGACGAGGUCAAAAUUCGCGAUUUGGCAGAAAGGAUUCUCGGGGCAGCGAUGCAGUUUCAAAACAUGAUCAAAGCGGGCGCAGCAUGCGAUCCAACGGGAUAUGCCACCAACAGCAUCGAGCGUCGGAAUGCCAUUUUCGAAGCACCUGAAUAUCUUGCUGAUACGCUCGCCUAUCACACCUGGAUUGAGGAAAGCCAUGCAGGCCAAAAUGAUAAUCUCGAUCAUACGUUGGUUCGUGUAUACAAGGCAAUUCUUGAAUAUACAGCCGAAGUGAAAAAGGCAGAGAAGGAAAAUGUUGUGAGACGAGCGUUUGAAAGUUUCACAUCCAUUGCAGAGCAGCAGCUACAAAAGCUCAAGCAAGCUGUGCAAGAGGAAAGCUCGACGGUGGAAAAGUGGGCCAAUGCCACUCAGACCAUUUUGGCCCGGGAACUUGCUGCGGCUCAACUUGCUCGCAUUGAUGACCUCCUUGAUAUCUCAAAAGACAUGCAGUCCCGAGCGCUGAGCGCCGAGGAAGACAAACAGUUGGUGUGGAUAUCAUCCGCGGUUUAUUCCGAUCUUAAGAGAAGGCUACAAAAACGCCGAAGCGGCGAAACUGGCAGCUGGCUUCUGCAUACAAAGCAGUAUGAAGAUUGGAAACAUACACCUGGGAACAUUCUAUGGCUACCAGGAGUUGUCGGGUGUGGCAAGUCUGUUCUCUGUUCCACUGUCGUGCAAGACAUCGAAGAGUACUGCGAGGCCAGCUCAUCCAGAAUUAUGGCAUACUGGUUCUUUCAAUUCGAUCGAGACGAGACACACAGUGUGGAAAGUCUGGUCCGAUCGUUCAUUCGCCAAUUGAGUAGGCCACCACUGUCAUCGUCUCUCACCAAAGCUUGGAAGACACACCACACCAAGGGAAGCCAGCCCAGUUGGAAUAGCGUACUUGAUAUUUUUCACGAUGUGCUCUCUCAUACAUCUGGAGAAGUAUUCCUGAUUUUGGAUGCGAUGGACGAGUGUCCCGACACCCCGUCAUCAAGUGAGAGACUGUCGCUUUUGAAGCUGCUCCUAGACAUUCAUGAGCGAUACAAGGAUAAAGUUCACAUUAUUGCGACAAGCAGACGCGAAACCGAUAUUGAGCGAAAGCUGGAGAAAUUUCCUGUGAUUGAUCUAGAAGCCAAACUGGCUGAAGAUGUGGAAACUUUUGUGCACGCCUCCAUUGCCGACUCAAGUCUAAGUGACCUGAAAACGGAAAUCAAACGCUCAAUCGUUGUGGAAUUGUUGCGUGUGAAGGAGCGACGACGCUUCCGUUGGGCUGAUUUGCAAAUAGAACGACUUAAGCAAUGCCGCACCGAUGAAGCAAUAAAACAAGCCCUUCGGACAAUUCCCCAAACCCUGGAGCAGACCUAUCAAAGAAUUCUUGAGAACGCCGGGGCAGCUGAUAAACCAUUGGCUCGUGGCAUUUUGAUGUUUCUUUGUUUUUCGCCAGUGCCUCUGGACCCGAAAACAAUCGCCGAUGCGUUUGAUCUAAACAGGCCCAGCCAUGUGAUCGAAAUAUGCAGCACGUCGCUUGUCAAUGAAUUUGAAGGCAAAGUUCGACUCGCCCAUUUCUCGGUCCGGGAAUUCCUGGUUGUACCUGAAGAUGGACCUCUCUAUUACCAAUUUUCAGAGAUUGUUGGUCACUUAUAUCUCGCCGAAAAAGCAGUGUCAAGGAUCUUGACUCAAGAGAGAAUACUCACUCAAGCAGCGGCGAUGGAACAGCAUUUUCUGGUGUAUGCGGCCCGGUAUUUCCAUUUUCACUUCAUUGCUGUGGGUGAUCGGAUUCCUGGAGACCUGCUAAAUGAUAUUGUGACUAUAUUCAUUGACGACAACCACUACCUAAAUUGGACCCGGAUAGCUGAGUAUCGCGAUCGUGUCUCUCCGUGGGUAAUGGCGCGGCAGGAAUUCGGCCCACCCAUCCAUCGAGCGUCGAGGCUAGGUUUGUUCCACGUCGUGGACGCUUUGCUUACGCGGGGCGAAGAUCCUUCUGUGCGCUUCCAGAAAAAUGACAUUUCCGACCGAUCAAAUGCAUUCAUGGAUGCCGCCGAAUAUGGUCAUGUGGAUGUUUUGGGACGAUUACUGAAAACAAAUUAUUCCGUGUGCGAAGAGACCACCAAAUUUAUCUUGGCAGAGCUUCGCCACAAUACUGGCGAGAAAUACAAUCUUAUCGACAUCCUUGAAGUUUUGAGAGAAAAGGGUGAUCUGUGUGGCCGUUUGAAAGAGCCUGGCGAUAUCAUCAAACAGCAAAUGAUUGUUCAUACAUUGCGGAAUUCAGAGGUCAUGGUGCAGCAUAUACUCACUGUGUUCUUGGGCUGGCGACCAAAGACAUCUCCAGUGAGCACCGAUAGCACCUUUUACGAUCUGGUGACUUCCAUGUUCCAUAUGACGGAAUUCGAAGACAUGAUGGAUAUCUUGCUUGCAAGAAAGACAAUCACUACAUCCCCAUCCGACCCUGGAGGUGUAUACCACCAAACCAACGUUGAAGCUCUGCAGGACCUGACGAGUAAACUUUCCAUCAACCGUACCACUGUCUCAGCAUUUGCUGCCAUAGGCGAUUGGGAAUUGUUGGAGUUCGUAUUGGGAAGUCACCGUGAUAUUCGACUAUCCACAGAGACGUUGACUACAUCCUUUCGCUUUGCCCAUGGGGUAGAUAUGAUGAAGUCUCUUCUUUCUUGGCGUCACCCAGAUACGGCGGUCGAUAUGGAUGUGAUCAUGGCAGCACAGAGUAACCCCAAGUGCACCCCAGAGGCUUUGCGAUUUCUGUGGGAGCAACUCAGCCCAACGCCCGGACUGAAUGACGAGGUCUUGAGAGACAUACUUUUCAAUCAGAACCAUCGACUGUUCUUAAUAAAGUUGGCUUUGAUUCGGCAAUCACCUGGCAUUACUCUAUCCGACGAUCUCGCAGCUUUGAUUUGCGCGGGCGAACAGAAUGAGGCAAUGGAUAUCAUUCAUUUAUUGAUCAACAACAAUAUGACAAUACCAAUCACCAAGCCUGUGAUGUGCGCAGCAGCCUCAAAUUGGACCGAAGGACCGAUGCUCAUCAAGCUUCUCGCCCAGAUCCACGGCCGCCCUCUUCCAGCCACAGACGAGGUCUUCUCGACAGCUGCAAAUAAUCCCUCAAGUGGCUUGGAGAUACUCAAAGUCUUGAAAAAAGUCUCAUCUGGCAAUACCAUACCAGAUGAAGCCUUCUUAGGGGCAUGUUCCAAUCCUGCCAUGAUGUCGUGGCUUCUCGAUCAACGCUCCUGUGAUUUACCACUCGAAGAUAUGAUCGAGCUGAUUGCGGAUAUGCCAGAAAUCACAAUGCCAAUCUUGCAGAUUCUCAUUGAUCGAAAACUGAUUGGUCCCGAUCAAUGGCUGGUAGAACAGCUCUCUGGGUCUGUCCCGGCCCUAGAGUUCCUCCUGGCGUGGAAUCCGGAAUUUAGCAUGACAGAGAAGGUCCUCCUGCUAGCUGCAGAAGAAAAUGACGCCAUGAAUCUCAUUCUUGAUAUCCACCACGAAGCCUUGCAAAUCACCGAACGGGUAAUCAGGCGGGCUGUUUUAUCGAUAAAGCCUCUGGCAACACUGGAAAGACUUCUUCGUUGCUGUGAAUCAACGGCAAUCACAAAGGACGUGAUUCUACUUGCUCUUUCGCAUACUCUUCUGCAUAAAGUGGAUCUGCUUCUGAAACACCGACCGGAUAUUGAAUUCUCGCAUCUUUGGGAUGAAUUUUGGCAGAGAACUGACCAAGCAGCGCGAGUCAGGUUCAAGAAUGCUUUGCGCCUCGGCAAACUCGACGAUCCCGAUUCCACAUCCGGUCUUCUACAAUCCUAUCCAGAUUUAUUACAACCAGACCGCGACUUGGACGACUUCGUUAAAAAAAUCAUGGAUUACCUGGUGAACUCAAUUUCAAACGAAGAACCAGGGGCUAUCAUUAUAGAGAGAUGCAAUUACUGGACUUGCGACAGGUUCUUGGAAUUCUCUCAGCUUCCAAUCACAGAUGAGCUCCUUCAAGCGGGAAGCAGGAAUCGCACGUCGACCAAGGAUUUGGUGGUUUUGCUGCUGACCGAGGGCGCUGAAGUAGCUGGUCUAGAAGUUAGAAAGCGAGGGCUGCGAAAGCCUCCUCGAGGUCGACUUCAGGAAUUUGUCAUCGAUGGACGUCGGAUCUGCUUGAUGGUCAGCGGGCGAGACAUAAAACCUAGGUACCCGUGGACCUAG